UUUCGCCGGAUACUACUGGAUGCAUUGACGUGAUCUUAGUAAGAACUCCCCCCCACCCAAGGACACGUCGCUCAAGAACUCCCGCGUAGGUUCCGCACGGCGCCACCAUCGGAAACCUUCGCGCCAUCAGUCUGUACACUAUCCGAGGACCUCGCGUCGCGACCUCUUUCAUCCUUCUUCGCUGCGGAUUUGAGACGCGGAGGGCUCACCAAACUGCUAUCUUCCUCUCGGAGCAGGAGCGUCUUUUCUUCGCGUGGCGUAACGCGUCAUCAUGAAGAGCAGCGGUGACCACAACGGGUCGUACCAUCAUGCCCAUUCGCCUAGAUCCAAGUCGCCUGUCAGACACGACAGCGGGAUAAUCGGCGACCGGCAUUUGUUACUAUACGUGUCCAUACUCAGUAUUAUCACAUCCGCUGUCGUAACGGGAAUCGUGCUCACGCUCCCCAUGACGUCAUCCUUCAUCACCCGCGCGCUCCGCGCAUCCGCUACGCGGGGAUUAGCGGCGGAAGGACCGCCGGUGGCGGUUUUCGGAGCAGUUGUUCUCACGACAGGCCAGGGGGAAUUGGAGGCGGAAGUUGACACUAUCGGGGGAAGCAAGUCCGCUGGUGGGGAGGCGCAGGGGGGGGAGCGGUUGUCUGAUUACCCGCCGUUACAGAAGGAAGCGGAUGCAGCGGGAGAGGCGGAGGCGGAGGCGGAGAGCGAGGAGGGGGAGGGUGGAGGGGAGGCGGGGAUGAUAGUGGCGGGAGGGGAUGGCGAUGAUGGGAACGCGGCGCGCAUGGCGGCGAAUCUGACGCUGUGGGAGGAGGACUCGUGGGAUGGCGUGCAGAUGAUCGUGCAUAUCAAGGCGCACACGCUCCCCGCGUGUCUGCUCAUGCUGUGCCAGGCGCAAGCGUACGCGGCUCUGCAGCGCAUGGCGCUGGGCGUGCUGUGGGACACGCGCAGCUCGCACCUGCUCCCCGGCGUGCACCUGCGCGACCUCUUCCUCCCGCCCAACCUCCCCCUCCGCACGCGCCUCCCCCCCGGAUGGGCCGGCGCGCAGGGGGGGAAGGUUGUGGCGGAGCGAGCGGGGAAGAAGGAGGAGUUUCAGUUAAUUAGGGUGCGCCUGCAGUGCGCGGACGCGGGCCGUCGCCCCCUGGCGUUCCACUCGCCGUCCUUCGCGCUGCUCGUGUCGCAGCACGCCACGCCCCUGCUGCGGCACGGCGUGCGCGCGUGCCAGCAUGCAUCGGAGAUGGAGCGGUGCUACCGCGCGCUGCAGCCCACCGCGCACGUGAAGCGCCUGCUGGCCCGAGAGAACGUCAAGCGCACCAGAGCCUCUGUGGGGCUGCUCGUAGAGGAUCCACGCUACAGCCGCAUGCGGGUGCCGUCAUGCCCGUCCAAGGCGCCCAUGUCCGCCUGUGCGGUGCGGCGCCUGACGGCGUCCUUCCUGUCGCACCCCGCCAUGGACUUCACAGUGGCGGCCGCCACCGUGCCCGCGCACGCCGUUAUCGCCGCGGACUCCUUCCACCCCUCGCGUGCGCCGCACCUGCCGUUUGCCGCGUUCGUGCGCGCGCUCGACUGCGCGCCGUUCGAGGGCAUGCCGGGCGGGUGGGAGGCGCGGGUGGGCGGGGAGUGGAGUGUGAGGCGCAAGGGGAAGAGCGACCACGAGCUCACCUUGGCAGAGGCUGUUCGCUGCACCCAGUUCCUGGCGGCAGAGCUACUACUCCUGACAGAGGCGCCGAGUCUGCUGUACUCGUUCCCGUCGCCCGCGCUGAACCUCAUCAUGGCACGUGCAGCUGUGCGCACCCGCUCCUUCCACCUCAUGCAGCCGUCGCUGUGCUCUGCUCCGUGCCCGCCGGCCCUGCUCAAGCAGAAGUUCGCCGAGCACAUGAUUGUUGAUGAGGAGCUGAAGGUGGCGUACUGCGCGCUGCCCAAGGUGGCCAACACGAGCUGGAAGCUCUGGUUCCGCCUCUUCCGAGUCAAGGGCAACGCCACCGCCGCCUUCGGCAUCGAGCCCCCCUCCACCGACUCCGCAGAUGCCAGUGCUGCUGCUGCUGCUGCUGCUGCUGGGGGGGCUGGUGCUGCAGAUGGGGGGGCAGCAGAGGGCGGAAGUGGCGCGGGGUUGAAGCUUGGGUCACGCGAGUUCAAGGCGAUCCACGUGGCGGGCAGCAAUGGCAUCACAGAGCUGGCAGAGCUGGGCGAGCGCGAGGCGGUGCGGUACCUCACGCGGCGCGAUGUGGUGCGCUUCACGUUUGUGCGCAACCCGUACACGCGCGUGGCGUCCGCGUUCCUCGACAAGGUCGUCAAGGCCCGCGACUUCCUCAACAACGGCAGCGCUCGCCUCUACUGGGCCAACGCGCUGUUCAAGCGGGCGCCGCAGUACGAGAGCAUGAUGGCACGGCACCCCGACGGCAAUUUCUCCUUCCCCGAGUUUGUGCAGCUCACCGAGGGCGCUCUGCAGCACCCGCCCACCGACAACCAUAUCGACACACAGGUGGACCUGUGUGCGCUGGACGCCAUCAAGUACGACUUUGUGGGGCGGUUUGAGAGCAUGAUGGACGACGUGCGGUGGGUCAUGCAGCGCCUGGGCACGGAGCCCUAUGGCGUGUUUGACAGCGGCCACACGCUGCAAGCCACCGAUGCUGACAAGAGAAUUGCCGGGCUGUAUGACAAGGUUACCUUCGAUACGGUGACACAAGCAUAUGCUCGAGACAUGCAUAUCCCUUUCAACAAUAUUGAUUAUGAGCCGCCCAAGCUGCUGGCACGCAUGAACUCGAAAGCCAAGUAGCCAUAGCAGCUUACCAUAUGAGACAAUGGCCCACAUAAAGGGCAGAAAGGGCAUGCACCCCUUGUGUUUUGUACAUAAAUAUCAAGUGUUCAAAUAGUUCUCUUAUAUUAU